AUGGAGCCAUUUUUUCGACUGACACAGUGUUUCAAUGAGUUAGAAGAUCGUACAAUUCAACCAUCAGGAUUAACAUCGAAACAAGCAAAAGAAUGGCGACGAGCUACAAGAUUACACAAUUACAAUCAACAACUGCGCACAUCAUUAUCACCAUUGGUUAAAAAACCAUGGGAAUAUCAAAUCAUUUUUGUGGAUUACAGAACAUAUGAUUAUCAACUUCAACAAUUACUACAAGCAUCAUCCACAGCAUCUUCAUUUACAAUUGAUACCGAAGGAAUAUUAAUAUUUAAUAAAAAUACUCACAAACAUGACACAUCACCAGCAUUAAUUCAAACUGAAAUUAUUAUAUCCCCAAAGUUCAGCUUCCUUGGAUUAUUCGAAUGUUAUUAUUUACCGCGUGAAGAUUCACCCAAAUUUGCUAUAAUUAAAUCCAUCUGGCAAAAUAUUUUAAACGAUAAAUCGAAGAUUAUUCGUGGUUGGGGAAAUUCAAUGAUAGAACUGUCAACAUACUUAAAAUACAAAAUGUUUACCGAAGCUCAACUUCACCGACCUUCCGAGAACACCCAAAACGAAUAUUUGUCAUUUAGUAAUCCUUCGGUUCCGCCGCAAGGCAGGGACUCGCAAACGGAUUCGCAACAACAUGAUAUAUUAGAGAUUCAUGCUCCACCACAAAUUGAAUUUGACAAAGUAAGUCUCCAAACAGCAGUCUCAACAUCUUUAUCUUUGUUUUUAGACAAGUCGUUAACACGUUCAAAAUGGGCGGCAGAGCUAGAGAGAAGACUUCAAACAUAUGUUAAUGACAAUCUUCAUGGUGAUGAAUUAGACGAUAACAACAUACAACGACGACGACAUAUGGUGUUAUACUCCAUAAAUGAUUGUUUUGCCGUUACUCAUCUGUCUUCAAUUAUUAGUAAUACAUCUCUUCCAUCAACAGCACCUUUGACUUCAUCUUCUAUCAUCGUUCCACAAUCAUAUUCAGUCAUACCGGUCGAUCAAGAAUUAAUUCCAAUAACGUCUGAUCCAGCAACUACAUCACCAUCAUUUACCGUCAUUUUACCGUCUACUCCACCUUCAUCAUCUAUCAUUGACCACCAAACGCCGACCUCGCCUCAACCACUAUUUACAGUCGUUUUGCCAUCAAAUUAUAUUGAACCACUACAACCUUCUACCUCAUCAACUAUUGUUCAUCCAACAAAUUCUUCUAAAUAUAAUCAAAAUAAAAAACGUAAUAUUCGACGAUGA